UCCUGUUGUCACAUAUUGUAUUACUUCCUAUCAUCCUGUUUUGUGUUGCAUUGGAGGAGUGAAGUGCGUCUUAAUCUCAAAGCCUCUCAGCUCCUUCUGGUGUCACGUGCUCAAUCAAAAUGUACCUUAUGUGUCUGUUUCAUUAACCUUUCGUCUCUCGGACAGAAAGGCUAGAAAGCGACAGGCGGCCUUCUAGAAACACAGACCCUCGGGAGUGUGAAGGCUCUUCCCCCCCUCUGGUCUCUCUGAAGAUGCACCUGAGGAGGUCCUCCCCCAGAAGCUCAUCCACAACAGACUCUCUGUCUUCUUCUCAGCACAGCAACCAGGGAGUUGACUGUGCAGGAGUUGUUCUGGACUGUCUCUUCUGCCGGUUCUAUGACAUGAUCCUCGCCGCUCGCUGCUGCCCCGACUACAGUCAGGUCGCCACCACCACAGAGUCUUCGCCCGGCGAGGACGAUGACUGCGACUGCGGUCUGUUCCCUUGCUGUCAGGACGCAGGCGACUGCUUGGAGUUGGCUAUGGAGACGUCUGAGCUCUGCUAUCACUAGUGGGGAAAUCAACACAUCGGCCAUCGUGACAAGGAACUGGUCGAUUCAUCUCAUGGGAAGUGGAUGAUUGCUGAGACAAUCAAAUCCAAGCCGUAACAUGCACCCUUUGUUACAAAGCAUCAAUAAAUG